ACCGAAAUAUUCCGAAUUCCUUCGGAAUAAAGAGACACAAUAACACAAAAUAAGGAGUUUUUCGGUAUUUUCAGCAUUUGUGAUAAUAAAACGGCAAAAUGAUGCACUGAGAGAGAAAACGGAACAAAUCAUACUCUUCUGAAAGGACAAGAGCAAUUGUGUUUUGUGAAUCAUUUCAAGAAGAAGCAAAAUCUUCUUGUACGUCUCUAAUACAGUGUAAAAUGGAUAUACAGGAGGGAAUGUCUCGCAAUAAUGGACCUGGUCUUUAUGAAUUUCUUUUGGAAGCCGAGUUACAACAAUAUUAUUCCGGCAUUCGAGGAGACUUAAAGGUGCAAACAACAGCGCAAUUGAAAUACGUAACAGAAGAAGAUUUGAGUGCAAUAGGGAUGAGCAAGCCAGAGAUGCGCCGUUUAAAAAAAUAUUUCCAGAAACAUUUUCCUCAGAAUUAUUUAUCUAAAUUUAAGAAAAUGUUGCUACAUACUACCACAAAACGCGAAGAACAAUCUUCUGGUGUAUUGGGUAUGUUACCAGAAGAGAGACAAGAUAAACCGUCAAUUCGCGUUCCCAAUAAACAUAUGAUUCCGGCUGAUGCAAUUAUUGUAAACAAAGAACUUGGUACUGGUGAAUUUGGAGUCGUACAGCAAGGAAUAUGGACGAACGAUGGAGAGAGAAUACAGGUUGCAAUUAAAUGUUUAUCGCGUGAAAGAAUGCAGAACAAUCCCAUAGAGUUCUUGAAAGAGGCCGCGAUAAUGCACGCAAUUGAUCAUGAACACAUCGUGCGACUAUAUGGCGUCGUACUCGAUACAAAUUCGUUAAUGCUCGUUACAGAGUUGGCACCAUUACGCUCAUUGCUGGAAUGUCUUAAAGAACCUAGUCUGCGUACGAGUUUUCCGGUCUUAUCACUAUGUGAUUUUGCUAUACAGAUUGCUGAUGGAAUGCAAUAUCUGGAAGCAAAAAGAUUGAUACAUCGCGAUCUUGCUGCCAGAAAUAUUCUCGUAUUUUCAAAAAAUAAAGUUAAAAUAUCGGAUUUCGGAUUAUCACGCGCGCUGGGAGUAGGCAAGGAUUAUUAUCAAACAAAUUUCAAUGUCAAUUUGAAGUUGCCCAUUGCAUGGUGCGCACCUGAAUGUAUAUCUUACUUGAAAUUUACAUCAGCAAGUGAUGUUUGGGCAUAUGGAGUAACGUUAUAUGAAAUGUUCAGUUAUGGGUUUCAACCCUGGGCAGCAUUGACCGGUCAUCAAAUUCUCGAAGCAAUAGACGAGCCUAAUUUUCAAAGACUGGAACAACCUGAAUGCUGUCCAAAGGAUUACUUUUCUUUGAUGCAACAAUGUUGGCAACAUGAACCUUCAAAAAGGCCCAAAUUUUCCGAAUUGAUUAAUUUAUUACCCGAUCUAAAACCAGAACAGGUGCAAGCAGUUCAAGAUAGUACUGAAUCCAGUCAACUCAUUUAUAGACAAAGCGAUAUAAUUACAGUUCUGGAUAAAGGUAGCAGCAAUACUUUAUGGAAAGGUGUUUUAAAUAAUGGCAAAACAGGUUUCUUCAAUCCAGCUCACACAAUCGCAUAUCUUGGUUCUAAUCUACCUAGUAACAAACCUGGCGAAUUUACACGGGGAGAUGGUAAAAACGCUUUCUCCUCACAGCGCAGAAAAAUUCGUACAGACAUGAUAUCUUCACCUCAAGGUGAUCUUAAGCAUACCGGUCACGUAGGUCUAGAUGGAGCAUAUUUCGGUGAUAUCAGUUUUCUUGGUGGAAAGUAUCCACAUCUGCCUCGUCAGGUAGUGACACCGUAUAAACCGCAGGAGGAUGCAACUGAUAAUUCUAGUCAAAUUUUAAAUCAGAAUACAAGAAAUAUAGAUAUGAAUAGGGAAUCAACAAAAGACAGUAGAAGUACACAACAAGAAUCUCAAAGCAAACAUGGAAACUUAUGGUCUGAUAUGAAUUCAGAAGUAUGUCAUGUAACUACAAGCAGCAAUGCAAAUAAGCAAAUCAUAACGUCUAACAUAGAUAGCAACACUGAUGGAGCAGACCAUGAAUAUCAUGAAAUCAGUGAUGAAGAAAAUCAAGAAAGUCCGUUAAGAUUUGAUAAAGCCUUAAAUUUUGAUUUUGGACCAAGUCUUUUAGCAGAAAUGGAUCAAAUGUUCAGAUCAUUAGGUUCUUCUCCUCCUCCUCCUCCACCACCUAGCCAUUCUUUAUCCACUGAACAUGAAUCAAGUAAUGUGAGAAAUGAACUGAAAGAAAUUCAAGUAAAACAAUGUAACAAGAAGAAACAAGCCACCGUGAAGCCUAUUUCGGCUGCCGAUCAGAAAACUCUCUACUCAGCUAUUGCUAUGGCACAGGAAUUGACAGCACGUUCCAUGACAGAUCUUGAACAUCCGCCAGAAUCUCCUCGAACACCUGCUAGUCCUUCGAGACGCAGGAAAUUCUCUUUUAAGUUGUCACAUCAGCACAGUCCUAAACCAGACAGACGACACUUUUCCGAAGAAGCAGCGAGCAUACCAGACAUACAGGCCACCUUGUCGGAAGAAGCUAAAGAAGUAUACAACAGUUUAGUGGAGACACCAACAUUGGAAAGUACUGAAGAUACAAAUCCGUUACGCAUGUUGCGUUCUGGUCUACCUGUAGUAAGGCCCAGAAUUCGUGGGAACAAGCAUGCCACGCUAGGCUACCCAAUGUCACCGCAAUCAGAUGAUAUAUCCGAUGAACACUUCCAUUUCGAGAUGCAUCAUAGCGGUGCGAAGACUCUACCUAAAGUCCGAGCACCUCCUGCAUCUCAUGUAUCUUUAUCGCUACCCCAAUCGCGCAUUCUUGAAAGACAUCAUUCUACCUUGGAAAUAGAAAAUAACCAAAAUCAAAACAAUAUUGACGAGAAUCCGAUACCUCUGCCGCCUAGAGAUCGUUCUAAAAUACUUCAGGCCAAAUCCAGCCUACCACGACAUCAGAGGAAGCAUCCUUUAAUCAUACCUGGAGGCGGUGUCACUAGAACUUUAGCAAAGAUGACAAUGACUACUACGCCACCUGUAGAGGAUCAAGUGGAUGGACAUUUUAUAUCGCAAAGCAAUUCAGCAAUCACUAGCACAUCGCAGGAAAAUUCUUUGGAAACUUCUGCAAAUAGCCCAGAGGAAUUCGAACAACGCAUAGAUUCCGAAUUAACCGCACUGGAUUCUUUAUCUAUCGAGGAAAAUCGACUUCGUCGAUGUAGCGUAAUCUCGGAGGAUUUGUUGGAAUUCUCAGACAAUUUAAUCGAAUCCAGCGAUGUAUCGAGUUUACAUCAAGAUGUCUGCGAAACAAAUAAUGAUGGACAAUCGAACAACUCGGCGACUAAUCAUUUUCGCAGUAAAAUCAAUGUCGAUUCGAAACACUCCUUAAAAAAUUCCGUAUUUAAACUACAAGAAAAUGUUGAAACGGAUUUGUGUCGAAAUGCAACACCAAUUAGUUCUUGUAAAUCAGAAAAUCAAAACAAGAUAAACCCUCUGGUCAGAUCUCAAAUUCCGUCUGCACAGAUUUCUAUAAUGCAUCCGCUAAAUUAUUCUUCACAAAUGAACGUGGAAGAAAUUUCUUCCAAAUCUGAAACGUUUCAAUGCGAAGAACCAUUGAUACAGAUUGGCUCAAAGAACAACAUUCAUUUGACUACUUUUUCAAACACUUGUUGUUCAUCCAACGAAAAACAAAUUGCGAUUGCAAGCGACUUAUCGCGGCAAUCGGACCAUGUUUCUUGUGAGGAUCUAUUAGAAUUUGCCUGUGACGGACCGAAUACACGAAGAACACGCGGACCCCGUAAUGGAGAACAGUCUGACGAAGUACGGAUCAUGCUGAAAGUAUUACAGGAACAGUCAACUCCAGAAUCUUGCAUCGCUGCAUUAAAUGUCACCGAAUGGGAUGUUCUAGCUGCAAUUAAACUGGAGCGACUCCAAUGUUUGCUAAAAAAGGAAAAUAAUUUUGUCGGUCUUGAAGACUGCAAAAUGAUGCUGAAUCAAUGUGGUGGUGAUGUUGUUAAAGCGGCUGCAUUAUUGCGAAGUACAGACGACGCUACCGCUGUCUAGUUUAAUUUCAAUCAAUUAUCAUUUGAAGCAAUGAUCCACGAAUAUUAUAAAGAUCGAUUGAAAA